AUGGGAGCUACAGGAGGUGGUGUCUCUAGAGAUGCCCUGAAGCGCAUUCCCUCUGCUGCCCUAGGGCCAUACAUCUGGCUGGCUGUCAUCUGGGCUUCAUACUGUGGUGGUCUGCAUGGCUUCAACACGGCCAAUAUAUCCGGGGCGAUGAGUCUCGAUCCUUUUGUGAGGGACUUUGGAUGGGAAGAUCUUCCGGACGUGCAGGUGUCGAACUAUGAGGGCUGGGUUGUUUCUUCUAUGUUGCUGGGCCAAACUGUUGGCGUCCUCCUUUCAGGUCCGCUUGGAGAACGACGAGGACGCAAGUCCGUGAUUAUGGCCGCUGCCAUCUUCUACACUAUCGGGGCGAUUCUCAUGGCAGCCAACUUCGGAUCGUUGGUUGAGCUGUUGGUCGGACGAGUCCUGUCUGGUCUGGGAUCUGGAAUGGGCAUGACGGCUGGUCCGAUUUACAUUUCUGAAGUAGCCCCUACUGAGCUGCGUGGUAUGAUGACGACUUUCUACAAUAUCAGCAUCAUGGGAGGCGUGGCUGGUAGUUAUUGGAUUAACUAUGGCUCCUCAGAGGUCAUUCCCUCGGAUUCCAGCUGGCAAUGGCGUACUACACUCGUCUUGCAGUUGAUCCCGUCAAUCCUCCUCUUCAUCGGAUGGCCUUUCUUUCCCGAGAGUCCUCGCUACCUCAUGAUGCGAGGCCGCGUGGAAGCAGCACGAACAAGUCUCUCCAGACUCCGCGGCGGGCUCGACGAAAGCGACCCCUACUUCAACAGAGAAUACACAGAACUCCAAAGCAAAGUCGACACCAACGCCGAAGCCCAGAGCGGCUUCGAAUCCUUCAAAUCCCUCAUGGUCAUGAGCGUCAAGGACCAAUCCACCCGUAAAGUCCUCAUCUUCGUCACCCUCAUCCAGACCUUCUUCAUCAUGUGCGGCGGCAACUCCAUCACCUACUACGCCCCUACCAUCCUGAAAUCCAUCGGCCUCAACUCACAACAAGUCCUCCUCUUCACAGCCAUCUACGGCCUCAUCAAAGUUGUCUCCGUCUUCCUCUACGCCUUCGUCCUCACAGACCGCUUCGGCCGCCGUCCCCUCCUCCUCAUCGGCUCCUCCAUCAACCUCAUCUGCCUCAUCUACCUCGCCGCCUUCCUCGGCACAUCGGACAUCUCGACCUCCUCCUCCCCCUCCCCCGCAGCAUGGGUCGCCAUCGUCGCAAUCUGCCUCUUCGCAAUCGGCUACGGCUUCGGCUGGGCCCCUGCCUUCUCCCUAACCGCCUCUGAAAUCUGCCCCACACACAUCCGCGGCACAGUCGUGACAAUCGCAUUCACCUACCAAAACCUGCUCAACUUCGGCAUCACCCGCGGCUUUCCCAACAUGACGGUCGACAUGCACUCGUAUGGUCCGUUUGCGCUCUUCGCUGCCUUCACCUUCGUCGCCACGGUGUGGGUGUUUCUGGCGUUUCCGGAAUGUAAGGGGCGUAGUAUGGAGAGCACGGAUGCGUUGUUUCGGUUGCCGUGGUAUAUGAUUGGGUUUGUGCCUGUUCCGGCCCAUGGGGAUGUUGAGGAUGGACGAAGUGUUCCUGAGGAUUUGGAAAAGGAGGCUUGUUCGGAGCAUGAGGAGAGGGUUGGUAAAUUGUGA